UUUUUGUAGCUAUUUCACUUUUUAAAAAACCCUAUUUUGUGUUUAAAUAUUGUAAAAUAUGCUUUAAGGUUGCUUAUUUAUAUUUCUGUCUCUUAAUUGUUAAUGUAUGCACAUAUGGUUUGUUGAUGGGAAUCUCACACAGCCAGACUUCAGCAGACUCUAUUCUCAGUGAAGCGCUAUUAUGACGCGAGUGAUGCAUCAGGUAUAUAUGAACAAACUGAACUAGAUUCUCUGUUGGGUGAUUUGGCGAUUGAUGCGGUUGGUGUUUUUGGUGCGGUUGACGAGUUUUUACGGUUAUUGAAUAUCUUUGAUUAUUUAUUUUCGGUUUUUGACUCUCUUUCGGACUUUGACUAUCGGCUUUGGAUUCGUGACACAUUUUGAUUCUCGGUUUUUGACUCCCUUCUGUUUUUGACACUCGAUUUUUGACUUCUUUGGAUUCCCGUUUUUGACCCUUUUCUGGUUUCGACUCUCGGCUUCGGACUCCCCUCGGAUUGGUUAACAGUUUGGCGACUGAAAAAAACGCCGAUCCUUUCAUUGAAAUGGGAGUGUUCGGAGUUUUAUCAGUAUGUCUGGAAACACAGACAGCUGUGUUUGGUGUGCCCCUGAUCAGCCUCAGGAGGAGUGGACAGAUGAGGCAGGGUCUUCCUCUAGCGCUCAUGCACAUAGUGGAGUUUGUGGAGAAGCAUGGUCUCAGAGAGAGUGGCCUGUUCAGGGUUGGCGGGAAAGUGAAACGCUGCCAGGAAUUGAGGAAAAGUUUUGAUCAAGGAGGCGUCCCAGAGUUUGACAGUGAGGAUAUUCCUACUCUUGCCUCAUUGCUGAAACUUUUCCUCAGGGAAUUACCUGGUGGACUUAUUCCAGAGCCACACAGGACACAACUGCUGAAUGUGUUCAGGGAUUCAAAAGAGGAAGAAAUGAAUCAGGCUUUGAGGACAAUCCUGAACAGUCUUCCUGAGGAACAUUUUAACGUCCUCUGUUACCUGUUGUUCUUCCUGUCCCGUGUGGCUGCCGAGAGUCAUCUAAAUCUUAUGACAUCCAAGAACUUGUCAAUAGUUUUUGGACCCACCAUCUUUCACGUACCUCUCAGCCCCACCAUGGUUGAGGAACAGGGGCUGUGUAAUGCUUUGACAGAGCACCUGCUGAACAACCUGAAACAUUUGCUGCCAAACAUGUACCCUCAUGUGUCCGCCAGCAACACAGCAGAGGCAGGGGACUGUCACCGGACUGAUGCAGAGUGUGUCCAACAGCUGCCACUCGCAGAAAUCAGAUCAGAGCUACCUAAAAUUGGACAACUUGGGCGAUUGAGAAAAAGAUUAAGAAGUUUUGGAAGAAAGUUUUGCUCAUGCUUUGGCAGUAACAAAAUAGAGAAUGGAGAGGUAUCUGGAUGAAUGGAGACUUAGACGUAGGUUAGUAGAAAAUAAUUGGGUCGAUGAUCCUGACUACAAGACACUGCGAUCGUUAAGGGUCACUGGAAGACAUUGAGGCCAGUGAGGGUCACUGCAAUACAUUGGGACCGGCGUCGCAAGACACUGGGGCCGGUGAGGGUCUCCAGAAGACAAUGGGGCCGCCCUGUAAGACACUGGGGCCGCUGAGCCUCAUCUCGACACUGACACUGGGGUUGGUGACCUUCACCAUAAGACACUAGGGCUGGUGUGGGUCACCGCACAGCACUGGAGCCAGUGACCCUCACCACAAGACACUUGGUGAGGAAGAUACUGAAGAUGGUUGUUACAUCUCCAUUAAAUGAAUGUGUACUUCAUUAAACAAUGACGCUGACAUGAGCCUUGUACUGAUCUGUUCAAUGGUAUACAGAUGACAUUCAGGGCAUACUGCGCAUGUGUCAUAAAACAGAGCAUCAUGGGGCAUCGUAAGGACAAUGUACAAUGCUUGAAAUGCAAUACACAACAAUGGUGAUGGACGACAGCAGGUGUGAUUAUGAAGAUACAGACAAGACAGAUGCUGAUGUUGACUCUGAGGUGGUUCAAUUAAAGCUUGCAAUUUUCAGUCAAUUAGUAUUGU